ACUUGCCACAUACUUCUUAUUAGUAAAUAACAGCUUUACGUAUUUGUGUAGCUUUCCUAAUAUUUUGGGCAGUAUUGUUUGUUUAAUAAUAUCUUUAUCUUCUGAAGAAGAUAAAAGAUAAUAUUCUUUUUCUUAUUCUUUGCUUCACCCACUCUUUCUCUCUCCCACGCAUCAGUGCCAGUUCCCCUCCGUGUUUUCUAAAUAUAGCAGUUUCACUUCGUUCAGUUUAUGAUAGAGAAUGACCGCGCCUCCAAGCUUUAAACUGAUGGCUUCUCCUGGGUCUUCCACCAGCGCACAUUGAUAGUAAACGUAACGGCUGUUAAGUGGACAGGUGCGCCUAGACCCCACUCCAUCACCCACUCUUCUCUCCAGAUCCUCCCCCACUAAUACUUUCCUGUUAUCUCGGUGAGGGCUCUAGUAACCUUCAUCGUAGGAAAGAUGUCUAUGGAUCUAAACGGAAUUAACUCUUAUUGUAAGCAUAAUGUUAAAUUUUCAUCCUGUCAACAUAGACUAUCUAACCAUGGAAGUCACACUGACUAGUGCCGACGGUAAGUCUGUUUGCUGCAAUGCAGACAUCCUUGCUCGUCACUCUGAAUACAUCGCAGCAAUGCUGCGCAGCCAUAUGUCUGAGAGCAAGAGUUUGCAGGUAAAGUUUGAAUACUUGUCGCUGGAACAACUCAGUUGGAUACGUGAUUAUGUCGGACACAAGGCAAAAGAUGCAGGCCCAGUACUUACCUUUGAAAAUUCAUCGAGUGUUCUUAGUACUUUGGAUUAUUUAUGCAUGCGUGAUGCUAUGCAGAUGUGCGAAUUGGAUCUGGCUAAAAAACUUACCAUUGAAAACUGUGAUAAGCUCGGUAAAGCUUACGAACUUGUCCAAAAGUUCAAUCUUGUAAUUCUGAAAAAAGCAAUACUCCAGGUUCUCUGCCAACUUUAUGUGAUGAAACCUCUGUCAUGGAAAGCAAAAAUGCUGAAGAAGCUUCCUGCAGAUUAUCUUAAUGAAAUCUUCAUGCAUGACAACUUUCCACAAGCUUCAGAAGAGAAAGACAUUAUGGAGCUGGUCUUUAAAUGGUUGGUGUUCAAUGAACCUAACAUAUCAGAUGUAAACAAAGCAGUGGACUUGAUCUUUGCUCCAGCAUUGGAAUUGAUGCAUGUCGAGCGACUCGAUUGCUGCAUUCAAAAGCUACCUUAUGCAAAAAAUGCUUCAGAAACAUUAAAGAACCGUAUUAGGCAGUUUCAAAAAUCUCCUCAUCGGUAUCUGCGUGAUAAAAAGGACACUUCACCACACAAAUUCCGUAAGCCUAUCGAUUCUGUGUUCCGCUAUGGUGGAAUAGGAGGAUGUUGUGUGUCAACAGCCGUUAGCUAUGUGGCAUUAGACUGCAUUGAUAAGGUCAUUGCCAAUUCUGAACAUUUAAGUAUUCUUCAAUGUCAUGAAUCCAUUGAACCUACCCCAGUACCUCUCAUUGAGUGUGGAACUUGUACCUUGGACAAUAUUGUCUAUGUUGCUGGUGGACAGUCCAGAUAUACAAUAACUGGUAAAUUUGCCAAGAAAACUGUGUAUCGAUACAUUCCAUACAGAAGAAAAUGGCAGCAGGUAGCAGCAAUGAAUGAAUACCGAUGUCUUUUCUAUUUGGGAGUAUUAAACAAUCAGCUGUAUGCUGUGGGUGGAAUAAACUGGACAGGAGUACUGCCAAGCGUUGAGGUCUACAAUUGUGAUCAAGAUGUUUGGGAAAAGGACAAAGAUUUGCCUUAUCUUGUUCAUGAACAUGCAGGUUGUGUUUUAAACAAUCAGUUGUACAUAUCCGGCGGGCAUGAUGGGACAGAUUUGUUAAAUGAUGUUGUCAGCUACGAUCCACUUGUGAAAGAUUGGAAAAGAAGGGAGUCCAUGAUACAAAGGCGUUCCUGCCAUGCCAUGGCGUCUGUCAAUGGAUAUAUCUAUGCUGUUGGAGGGUGUACUAUGCAACAAGGCUUAAUACAAGACAUCAAAGAUUGUGAGAAAUAUGAUCCUGUAACUGACCAGUGGACACGCUUGACCAAUGAAACUCAACAGACACCAAUGUCCUGUAUAUAUCCUAUUAUUCGACACAAUAAAAUCUAUUGUAUAGGUGGCUACAAAUUUACUAACAAUCAGUAUGUUGAUAUGGUUUCAGUUUUUGACCCAGCAGACCAAUCUUGGAAACACGUUCAACUUAUCUCUGAUCUUUUCACUCAUUAUCAUCAAUGCUGCUCAAUCAUCCUUGAUCCCAGUUUUUUUGUCAGUUGAGAACGUUACGUUUCACUACUCUGUUGUUCACCUUACAUGGAUCAAGCUUUGAUUAUUAUGAUCAUACCUGACUUAUCAAAUCUUGAGAGUUAUCUACUGGCCACACCCUGCUAGUCAAACUUUGAUAAUCAUUUGAGGAUAGCUAUAUCAUACUGAAUGUUUUUAGUUAUCUGAUAACAAUAUUAAUUUGAGAGUUAUCUGGUUAUCAUAGUAUGUUCAGUGAAUGUUCAUAAUUAUCAAAAUAGCUGCACUUUGUUGGUAGUUAUUUGAUGACUAUGGUAAUAGAACACACUUGAUUGGUCAUUAUCAAAUGACCACAUUGGACUGAUUUAUAUAUCAGAUGAUCCUGUAUUCAUUCUCUUCUUUUCUUCUAAAAAGAAAAAGAAAAAAGAUAAUCCAAAGGUUGUUCAGUAUUGUUGGUUGUUGAAAGAAAGAAACUAAGGCUUCUGAUGGGAUUGCUUGAGUUGUGGUGGCUGUAAGCACAUAAGGUUGUAUUUUUGUAGACAUUCUCUAUGGAUGCUGAUAGUUAAUCCUUCUCUCUACUUAUGUAACAGAAAUAAAGGGAAGUGAGAAGACAUUUUUUAAAUUACUAGUUAAAUUGUAAGUCACAAAUGUGACAACGGCAAUAAUUGUAGUAAACAAUUAUUUAACAGUUUGUGAAAUGAGGAAUUAGUUUACUUGUUAUAUUCAACCAUUUAGGAUGUCUGAAACAGAGAGAAAAGAGAAAAGGUAUGCAUGUCUGUAAGCUUGUGUAUGUGUGUAAAUAUCUGAAUUUAUGAAUGACUUCUGUGCACAGUAUGCAAGGGACCUUAAUAAAAUUUUGCUACUGUCACUGGCUGCAGUUAAUUCCUUAACAUUGCUCAGAAUCUACCAUCAAAUUCAUUCUCAUUUUUUUUUUAUAUCUCUUUCUAAUAUUUCCCACUGCACAAAAAGUUACGAUCACAGGAGGUAGAGUAUGUAUAUGUAUGUAUAACUGACUGUGUAUAUACACGUUUGUUUUGAUAUAGAACCUUUAAUUGAAGAAGGUUUUACAAUUAUUGGUAUUUUUCUCUUUCUACUGAUAUUGCUGCUAAUUGUAUCUUUCUAUCUUUGUUUCUUGCGUUUUUUCCUCUUCAAUCUAUUUUUGUUAUUAUUACCUCCGAUGAAAUGUCUCUAAAACUAUUACCACAUAAUAGAACUCAUCUCAUUCCAGAAUAUCUAUAUUCAGAGCUAUUUAUUGCAAAGCAUCUGCAAUUAAAAUUAGUGGGAGACACCUUUAUUGUGUGAGAAAUUAUUAUUACCAGCUCAGUUUUAGAAACAACACGAGUCGAGUGUCUCUUUUUUCUUUUUUAUCACAUUGAGUUAAUAUUUGUAUAUACAACAACCCUGCCAUACUGACUGUAUUGAAACUUGUUACUAGUUUUCUUUUUACAUAUUUAUGAUGACAUACGCACACUCACAUAUAUAUAUAUAUAUAUAUUAUAUAUAUAUAUAUAUAUAUAUAUAUAUAUUUACAGUUUCAUACACUGACAGUGAAAUGAUAUUUUUCUUGUAGCAUUCAUAUACUAUACAUUUCUAUUGUGUAGAGAAUAUAAUUUAUAUCUUCAAUACAAUUUUGGUUCAAAACUACACAUAAGAAAAUGAAUUAGUAUGAAUUACAAAAAAAUGUUUAAACUAUUUAUGGAAAUGAAAAUCCAAGAUGAAUUCAAUGAUUCAGUUAUUAUAUUCUCUUAGCCUAAGUUUAUAUUUUUGUAAGUUGCACAACGUACGUAUGUGUUUACGUUUUUUUUUGUUUUUUUAGAUGUGUUUCCGUAAAAACGUUCAUAUCUUUAUAAUUGAUUUUUUUCUGAUUUUUUCCCUUAUAUUUUAAAUUAUUUUCUCGCCUUUAUAUUAAAGAAAAAAAAAGUUCCUUGAGUUAAUAGUUAUCUCCCUUCAAUGCUUAUUCAUAUUCUUUCGAUUUGUUCCCCUUUCUAUAUUACUUUGCGUUGACAUUUUUAAUAAACCCAAAACGCCAAUUAAGCAUGU